AUGAAUUAUACAAGCUGUUUCUUAGCUUUUCAGCUUUGUGUGAUUUUGGGUUCUUCUACCUGUUACUGUGAUACUGAAUUGGGUAAAGCAAUAGAAAACCUAAAGGAGUAUUUUAAUGCAAGUAGUUCAGAUGUAGCAGAUGGAAAGCCUCUUUUCUUAGAGAUUUUGAAGAAUUGGAAAGAGGAGAGUGACAAAAAAAUAAUUCAGAGCCAAAUCAUGUCCUUCUACUUCAAACUCUUUGACAACUAUAAAGACAACCAGAUCAUCCAGAGAAGCAUUGACAACAUCAAGGAAGACAUGGCUAUUAAGUUCUUCAAUAGCAGCGACAGCAAAAAGGAAGACUUCAAAACGCUGAUUAAAAUUCAGGUCAAUGAUAUGAACGUUCAGCGCAAAGCAAUAAGUGAGCUCUUCAAGGUGAUAAGUGACCUGUCACCAAGUUCUAACCUAAGGAAGCGGAAAAGGAGUCAGAUUCAGAUUCGAGGCCGGAGAACACCAAAAUAA